UUUGAAAUGCUGUCCUCCUGCCUGAGCAGAAAUGUGAUUCUUCCUAAUUCAUCCACGAAGUGCUUUGUGGAGCUUUUUCUGCAAAGGGUUGGAUUUCUGCAAAAAUAGAAUAAAUAUGUCCUUCAUACAUUGGUCCUAGCGGUUAAAAAAAAGCUGUAAUACUCCCCCCCCCCCCAUUACCCAGUUUCUUAUUUCUUUCAGAAGUCCAAGGUGUGCUUCAAUAAAGAGUCACUUCUUCUGGCCAAGCACGAAGGCAGGAAGCUGAUUACUGGAAAGGCGAAGGGAGAGCGCAGCGCCAGGCGAAACUCGGCCGGACGGAGAUUCCCGCCAAAAUGGUGCCCGGGCGACGGGCGCUCUCGUGGGCUGCGCUCACGCUGGUCCUCCUCCUCGUGUGCCUGAGUCCCGGUGUAUCAAGAGGAAAUAAACUUAAGCUGAUGCUCCAAAGACGGGAAGCUCCUGUUCCGGUUAAGGCAGAUGUGUCUGUCAAAGAAGAUAAGGCCAAGGAGUUUUUGAGCAGCUUGAAACGUCAGAAGCGGCAGCUGUGGGAUAGGAGUCAACCAGAUGUACAGCAGUGGUACCAGCAAUUUCUCUACUUAGGCUUUGAUGAAGCAAAAUUUGAAGAUGAUGUCUCCUACUGGUCAAAUCUAGGCCGUAGUGGCCAUGAAUAUUACGGGGGUUAUUACCAUCACCAUUAUGAUGAAGAUGCACCUAUUGGCCCACGAAACCCACAUACCUUUAGGCAUGGAGCAAGUGUCAAUUAUGACGAUUAUUAAUCUCAUCUCUCCUUCUCUGGAUUAGAACGCCAGGAAUACGGAUGCCGCCCAAAGGUGCCUCUUACGCUUCUUUGAAAUUAACUAGUUUGUUAUAAACAUUAAUAACAAAGAAGUAGUAGUUAUGGAAUGUUUUUAUAUCCACUCAGUAGCAUAACAUGUAUAAACGUUAGCAUUAAAAUUUCUUGAUAAGUAUU